ACCACCUCCAGACAGGGAUGUAUCUGACCAAGAGUAGAUCUGACUUAUGCCAUGGUAAAGUAUUGCAGUAUUGUUCUUAUGUAAACUGUCAAAUUCCACACUGUCUGCAGGGUGGUUAUGGGCAUAUAACUCCUGCUAAACAUCAAAGGUUUCCAUGGUAGCCACCCACGCACCAUGGUAUAAUAUGAGGAUAUGAUUAAUGAUAGUGUGUGCAUGUUAUACCUUAGAAACAACUCGUUAAUGUUUAUUUGCAACUUGUUAUACUUUACAUUUAUUUUUAUAAUUAUUUUAAAGACUUAUUUGAAGUUGGUCUGUGUAUUAACAAUUAUUUCUACUCCUUAUAUUAUUUGAAAGAUGGCAAAGAGUGUAUAAUAGGCUAUUAUGACUCAACUAACAGUACUCAUCACCUGCAAGAAUGUGAAACAGAAUAUUGCUGUAAUGUGACUUGGAAAGGUAAUUAUCAACCAGAAGAUGGAUUUCAAUCAAAUAGAACAAUUACUUGCAGGCAGCCUCUUGAUAGCAGCAUAAUAGCCUCUUUUGUAUCUCUAAUAAUAGUUUUAAUCAUAGGAAUCAUAAUCAGUAUAUUAUUACAGAUUUUAAAUUAUAGAUGGAGAAAUAACAAAUAUUUUAAAGGGUCAUCUCCCAUUUUUAAUGCAAUCAUUACAUUUGGUUGUACAUUGGGUUAUAUUAGUUGCCUGUUAUUCCUUGGUAAUUAUUACAUUGGCCUUACUGGCAAAGGAAAGCUAGGACCAAUAUGCAAUGUGGCAAUGUCAUCAAUAAGCCUUUCAUUUUUAUUAAUCUUUUCUACCAUAUUGAUUAAAAACUGGAGAAUAUUUCAAAUAUUUCACAACCCAUCACAGCAAGAUAGGAAAUAUUUAUCAAACACAGUCCUGUACAUUUGGAUGGUUAUUAUCUGUGCUCCUGUUAUUAUAAUACUCAUAUUGAUACACCUCUUUAAACCUUUGAAAGUAUAUCAAGUUUCAUUUCCUGAUCAUAAUUGCCCCGGCUAUCCUGAUAACAUAGAGUCAUCACUGAUAGAGGAUCACUGCAUUGAGGCUUCAUCGUUUGGAUGGGGUGCUGCAAUUCCAGUUUACUUUGUAAUUCUUUUGAUAAUGAUCAUUUACCUGGGGUCUUGGAACUGUCGCAUAACACGGCACUAUAAAAGUGAAGGAGAGUUGGCUAUUCUUACUGCAACUGUGUCCAUAAUGAUAUAUAUUUUCAACUAUGGCAUUAGUCUUAUUGCUACUUAUGGCUACACUGAAGCAGGAAUGAUAAAAUUUAUCUUGCGCUAUAGCAUUGGGACGUUAUUUGUUUACUUCUCAUUCAUCUUGGCUGCCUUGUAUGGUUUUAAAGUUGUUCAGCUACUCAGAGACAAAAAAGCUCAUUCAAGACCCGUUAAAAGGUCUAGAUCAACUCUCAGGAAAAAAUUUUUAGAAUUGAGUGAUGAGAUUUUUACACUGAAGUGUAAACUAGAAAAGAUGAAUACCAGUGCAGUUGCUUUGGAGCAAUAAUAUAGACU